GAAGACUGAGAUUCGGGCAGCAGGUGGAGCAGACCCGGAGCACACGCUGGGGAGCAGCUCGUGCGGCGGGUUCUGAGGCCUGGGCGUGAUGGAGGCCCCGCUGACCUUCGCCGACGUGGCCGUGGGCUUCACCCCAGAGGAGUGGCGGCUCCUGGCCCCCGCGCAGAAGGCCCUGUACCGGGAGGUGAUGCUGGAGACCUACAGCCACCUGGUGUCCGUGGGUUACCAAGAUUGCCGACCUGACACGUUCUCCAGGGUGGAAGGAGACGAACUGCCAUGGACACCGGAAGCGGAAAUGCAGAUGUUCCCUAGCCCAGAAAUCUCAACAGAUGAUGAGAUAAUUGAAGAUUAUCUGCCACAGCCAUCACAGCUUGGGAACGUGGAGAACAAAUCAGAACAAUGCCAGAAAACCCAAAAAAUAAAGAAACCUCACAUGUACAGGGACUGUGGAAAAGCCUUCAGGAGGAAAUCUCUGCUCAGUGACCACUACAACCUUCCCCCAGGAGAGAAGCCUCAUCAGUGUGCUGUGUGUGGGAAAGCCUUUCGCAGGAAGGCCAUGCUCUCUCACCACCAGAGAACACAUACCAGAAAAAGAACCUAUGACUGUACUGACUGUGGUAAAAUCUUUCUCCACACAUCAGCCUUCAAAAAACAUCAGAAAAUACAUACAGGGGAGAAACCGUUUAAAUGCAGUGACUGUGGGAAAAGUUUCAUCCAGAAGGCAAAUCUCGUUGUACAUCAGCGGAUUCAUACAGGAGAAAAACCUUAUGUAUGCAGUGAAUGUGGGAAAGGCUUCAGCCAGAAGCCAUGCCUCAUAGCCCAUGAGAGAUUUCACACAGGGAAGACUCCAUUUCAGUGCAGUGUUUGUGGAAAAUACUUUUCUCAGAAGACAGGUCUCAUUAAUCAUGAAAGAAUUCACACAGGAGAGAAGCCCUAUGAAUGCAGGGAGUGUGGGAAAGCCUUCACCACAAGGCGCAGUGUCAUCGUCCAUCAAAGAGUUCAUACAGGAGAGAGACCCUAUAUCUGCAGUGACUGUGGGAAAGCCUAUAGUAGAAAGUAUGCGCUCAAUGUCCAUCGGAGUUCUCAUCCAGGAGAGAGUCCCUUUACGUGCAGUGAGUGUGGAAAAGCCUUCCCUACAAAGUGUACACUCAAUGUCCAUCGAAGUUCUCAUACAGGAAAGAAUCGUUACACCUGCAGUGAGUGUGGGAAAGCCUUCUCUAGAAAGCAGCAGCUCAUCGUGCAUCAGCGGAACCCUGCAGGAGAGACACCCUGUGUCUGUAGUGAGUGUGGCGAAUCUUUUGCCUAUGUGGCUUGUCUUUUUCAUCACAUGCGAAUACAUCAAGAAGACUAUGUGCAAUUGGUCAAGGUGGAAAAUCUCCCCACUGAGAGGCACACCACAUCCCAGACCAGCCGUGUCCUGAGGGAAAGAAAUAUCGCCAAUUCUGUCUCUAUGCCAGUGUCUUCCGUGGCCCCUGAGACAUCGUUAAAUGUCCCUGGGCUCCUGGCAGAUGAGAAUGUGGUCCUAGUGGGCCAGCCUGUGGCCAGUGGCACAUCCUUAGGAGACAACAGCUGGGUUGCAUGGGAUGGAAACCUCACGGAUCCAGUGAAUGUGAUAGUACCUUCAGGGGUCCAUUAUGUCUUAUGUUAUGUUGUAGAAAACCAAUAAGAGGGAACUCAGGGGCCUCCCCGGUGGCGCAGCAGUUGAGCGCUGGGCUGUGAAGCUGCGUGUAGCCUCUGCAGCACCGGUUCAAUCCCUGGCUGCUCCCCGGCCACCAGAGGAGGGUCCCACAUGGCGUGCAGACCUCUCCUGCCGCCCGCUGCUCCUCUCAGCAGUGUACUUCGGUCCUUCUGCCUGCUCUGCUCCCUGCUCUGGCUCUGGUGAAUUCUCUCACCCUCCUGCGCUUCUGACUGUACCCAGUGCUUGCAUAAAUAAAUAAAUAAAUCUUUAAUUAAAAAAAAAAAAAAAGGAACUCAGACCUCAUUGUGGGAAGCGGUGUGCUAAAGUUCUAGGUCACAGUAUGUGAAAAGAAUAAACUCUGCGAAGUCGUGUAAAUGCAGCACCUGAGAAGCCUUCUGUACUCACCCUAUCUAUUAAAUACAUGCGUUGGCACCCAGUGGUACCCACUCAUAGCCCCAGUGGUGUUAACCCAUAUGUGCACUCAGUUGCUCUGAUGUGUCAGUUGAAUCAAGGGAGUCUGAGUGAUAGGUGAUGUAGAUGAGCUUUUAAAACAGGUAAGACCAUCCAUGUGUGGACUGUUAUAAAAUGCAAAACCUCACAAAGGCCAUGAUUGCAAUUGCGGGUUGGAUGAUGUGUUUAUAUCCAUCAUGUUUCUGAAAGUGAAAGGUUGACUGAACGUAGAGUCAUCCUUUAACUCCUAGGUUUCUGUCAUGCAGAGAGACUUAUGAAACUGCUUAGUUUGGUCAGCUCUUUCAUUUUCCAAGUAUUUCUCAAAUCUACCUUUGUACCUGGUUCUGUUCCAGGAGGAAGGAAUUCAGUGGUGACCAAAAAAGAACAAGCCUGUUGUCCUGAGCAAAGAAAUGAAGUGGCUGUUGUUCCAGUGACUGCUUUACACUCCUGCUCCUCUAGGUGAAACAUGUGGUCUUAGGCAUGUUUUUUUAAUUUAAUUAAUUAGUUAAUUAAUUUUUAAAAAGGUUUAUUUAUGUAUUUGUACAAGCACUGCGUACAGUCAGAGGCACGGGAGGGUGAGAGAAUUCACCAGAGACAGCAGAGAGUAGAACAGGCAGAGUGAUGAAGUACACUGCUGAGGGAGCAGUGGGCGGCAGGAGAAAUCUGUGGGCCAUGUGGCACCCUCGCCCAGUGGUCGGGGAUCGAACCAGCGCUGCAGAGGCUGCGGGCAGCUUCGCAACCCAGUGCUCAACCAUUGCACAACCGGGGAGGCCCUAAUUUAUUUUUUUAAAGAUUUAUUUAUGUAUAGAAGAAUUGGGGUACAGGCCAGAGGUGCAGGGAGUGGGUAAGAGGAUUCACCAUGGACAGGGUGGGGAACAGAACAGGCUGAUCUACUGCUGAGGUGAGCAGUGGAGAGACAGGAGUGGUCUGCUGUGCCACGUGGUUAGCACUCUGGCUGGGGAUGGAACUUGUGCUGCAGUGGCUGCAGAUAGCUUCAUAGUGCUAAGACUUAACCCCUGCGCCACCAGGGAGGCCUGGUCUUAGUUUUGUUGCAACCAGAGAAUACCAUAGCCUGGGUGGAUUUGGGGACAAGUAUAUUUCUCACCCUUUCAGUAAGGGAGGUUUUUAUCAAAACCUCCAGAUACUUGGGUUUUUCAAGGUCCUAUCUCCUGGUUCAUGGAAGACACCCCCAGUGUCCUCACCUAGGGACAGCUCUCUCUCCCCUAGGCCAUGCUUUGUACCAUGUCUUCCAAGGAAAAAAAUACUCCCUUGAUGUGGGUUCCAUCUGCUGACCUGGCCACCUCUCCCAAGCCCCACCUCAUGCAUUGGAUUUGAGAUUCUUACAACAUUGGGUUUUGGGGAACACAAAUACUGAUUUCAUGGGACAUACAGAAAAGUUGCUUCAAGACUUAAUACAGUUCUCCUGUCAGGGGACUUAUUUCCAGGGUGAGGGAUUCCGCGUAAGGGAUUUGGAACACCUGAAAGUCACGUGUUUCGUUCUUUUUCAUGUUUCAUUCAUUUUCAUGUGUUUCGUUCAUUUUCAUGUUGUUUCACCAAGUAGACUACAAAAAAAAAAAAAAUCCUUGCUUAUUUCUAUGGCUUUGAAUAUUUUAUAAGCAAAAAUAUUUCCUUAGCUUCACGUAAUCAUAUCUCAAAACUAAGUGAGUGUCCCGGGGAACAGUGGCUAAGUCAGGCAAGGGGCCAGAGUCUGUAGCUAAUUAAAUGGUUGAAGUGCAUGUUCUCACCAAACUGCCCUUUACGUCAUCCCUGAAAGGUAUCUUUGCAAGUGCUGGUUCUGUGACUAUUUCUCAACAAAAUUUUAUGUUGAUUUGGAAAGUGAAUGAGCACACGGCCUCAACUAUUAUUACUGAUGGAAUUGGCCUUGGGAAGGCGGUUCUCCUUGAGAACUCUGUCUCCCCCAUAUUGAUGAUUUCAGACUCAAGAACAGAAUAUAAACUGGGCAGAGCAGAAAAGGAAAAGCAUCCUCAGAAUACAUAGAUACCGGAAUCUACUCCCUGAGAAUGGAGGAAAACAGGAGAUGGCAGGUGAGAUCCCCAAACGUUAUUCUGGGAAAUUUUUGUCCCCAGGAUUCCAGCUCCACUGUUAGGGCCUGAAGGGAGACGUACCUUCUCCUCUGUAGUCCUUGUCUCCUGGGAGUGCACCCCUGGGCCUGUCACUAUUCUGCUUAUUUCUCCUCACUUGUUCCCUGUCCAUGAGACCUGUCCAAAUUUUCCUGUGGGAAAAGACCUGGAAACUGUCCAAAUCUUCCUGUAGAUAAAGACCUGGUGGCUGUCUCGUCAGAAAUCCUGGGUGAUUGAGUAAUGGCUUAUCUGUUUUCGUGCACCAUCUGUGUGCUUUACACUGUGAGGAGAUAUUGCAUAAAACAGGCCAAGAAUGGCCUUAUACAUGCUACUCAGUUUGAGAGAGAGUGAAGGAAAAGGAAUCUAAUGUGCAAGGAGUGACAAGUUCUGUGAAAAAGGCACAGUCCGGGGAUGGAUGGUAAUGUGAUCCGUACGUGUCACCAGACAACCAUGCCCACCUCUGCACUUUUCUGGAGAAUUAGAAUUUGAACAAGAAUGAAGAACAUGGUCUCCCACCAUAAUUACUGUAGCCAGAGAAUGCGGCAGGAUGAUUUUCGAUUUUCUGCAGAGGCUUCCUGUCCCGGGUAUUCUGUAAAACAAAAGAAUGCAGGUUUCCGAGUCACCCCAGAACUUCUAAGCCAGAAUGUCAGCACUGACGUCCAGGACACUCUUUCAAAUGAGAGCCUAGUACCCACUUAGAUUUGAAGAUGGCUGCCUAAGUCCCCCAUCAUCACCCUCACUUUAUAGCAGGAUGACCCAGGCAGGUCCUGUCCCGUGAGGGGUCUGCCCUGAGUACCCCCGGCCAGCAGGUCUUAUGUCUCCUGUUGUCCUUGUCUCAUGUCAUCCUGCUGCGGGUGUCAGCCUGCGAAUUUCUGGGACUGGUCAGACCUGUGAUGGCUGCCCUGAGCUCUGGGGGACACGUGCGGAAUCCACCAUUCAGAAUUUGACACCCCAGGACUAGUAGCCCCUGUGUAUGCCAGGUGCUACCAGCCUCAGUAUAUCUGGGCACACCUGCAAAUAAUGGGGAGUACCCUCCACGUGAGUCCUUGGCGCCACACUCAGGAACGAAGCACAAGCCCUGAAAGCGGAAAUGGAUUUUAAUAAAGGGACGGGUGGAGAGUACAUUGGCCAGGAAAGGACGCUGCUGGUAGGGCUGCAGGACUGGGCUGUGAAGCCACAGGAGCCCCCUCCCUGCUGUCCCCACCUGCCUCUGCUGAGCAGUGAGCAGGGCACUCUGGGGAGAAAAAGAAAACGAUGAGCCCAGAAACAACUGUAGGGCAACCUGUUGUGCUGCUCCCUCUGCCUUCCCAAGGCUGCUCCCUCUGCCUUCCCAGCCUCCCCCCACGCCGUCCAGUUCGUGGCAUACGGGGGAGCUGGGCUAUGCAGGUGGGCUGUGGAGGAGGAGGUGACACCUGCCCCUGGGCCGCAGUGGCCCUCCCUGGCCUCACAGGACAUCCCGUAACACCAGCUUCCAAACAGGAACCACCCUCACCUGCUU